AUGGACGACGCCACGCGCAACCGCAUAUGGUCCGCCAAAAUCCAGCAGCUCCGCGAUGAGAACGAGGCGGCGAAGAACGCAGUCMCAGACGCGUUUCCUUGGGCUUUUGCCCCAUACACCAGCGCGCCCAAGCCGGAGACCAACUUCGCCCACCUACCCGAGCAUGUUCAAGUCGAAAUCAUGGCAUAUCUUGCCGUCGACCUACACGUCACCCUCCGCAAGAAACCUGACGCCACCGGCGCCGGAUACCACGAUGAGACGGUCGCUUACAUGCUCAACGGCGACGAGUGGCGCGCAUACGAAGCGCAGUUCGUCGUCUGUAAAGCGUGGCGCGAGGGUAUGAACGCCGCCUGGAGACAAGAGCUGACCAGCAAGCGCAUCGCCAUCGUACUUGACAUGCGUGACUCCGUACGCAGCGCCGACGAGCGCGCGACUGACGAGUGGUAUACUAUCGCCACCGUCACCAACGAGGCUGAGAUCGACCGUGCGCCGGCGCUAUAUCUUCAGCAGUACCUCGCGCUAAGGAUCGUCUCACCAUACCUCGUUCGCAGUGUGAUCAAGCUUUUCUCUGCGACACUCAUCCGCCCUUCCGCCGGCCACCAAGUUGAAACUUUCGCAAAUCCGACUUGGAAGACGCUGGAAGGCUCUCCGAACGCCGACCUCGACCUUGUGUUCGCGGGUAUUGAGGGAAAGGUCUACCACCACAUCACUGAGGGAACAGACUUUUGGGAGUACUGGAUGCCGGGUCACUUGGCGUACUUCCAUGAUGUGAUGGCAAACAACGCAACCAAAGACGUGUUACCAGGGCGCGAAGAUCUCCCUGCUCCCUCGAGCAUGGCGGCCUGCUUGCGGGCGUAUCGCGGGCUUAUGGCUCGAAAAGCGGAGUGGGAGGCGCAAUUCAGGGCACAAAAGAAGAAGGCUGAGGAUUGGGCUGCAGAGGGUCGUGCUCGACAUGUGAGGGGACGAGGGAUCGAGUGA